UUUUUUUUUUGGUUGGAAAAAGGACAGGGAAAUGCGGCGGAGUUUACCUAACGCUUAUGCCUUUGGAUAAUAGCUAUGUGGAAUUGAAUGCCAAUAAGUAAGACUGACUCUAGGUCGAAUAAAUGGCGAUGCUUGAGAGAUAAAGUGGAACCCAUCAGGCUGCUCUUCAACAAGGAAAUAGGAAAUAGAUGUGUUACAGGACAGUCAGGACGUGCAAAAAUCAGUCAGACACCGCUUACUUUCCAAGAUCAGAAAAUGCCCAAAUCUGAAAGCAAAAGCAGACAUGUGUAAAUUUAAAUUCCACAUCUAUGUAUCUUGUAAGUGGAGGUCUCGAUCAUACCGUUAAUAUCUGGGAUUUAAAAUCUAAAAGACUUCAUCGAUCUCUUAAGGACCACAAAGAUGAAGUAACAUGUGUAACAUUUAAUUGGAAUGACUGCUACGUUGCUUCCGGAUCUUUGAGCGGUGAAAUCAUUUUGCACAGUGUAACUACCAAUUUGUCCAGUACUCCUUUCGGCCAUGCGAACAGCCAGUCCAUUCGACACUUGAAGUACUCCACGUUUAAGAAAUCUCUACUGGGCAGUGUAUCGGAUAAUGGAGUAGUAACUCUGUGGGAUGUGAAUAAUCAGAGUCCUUACCAUAAUUUUGAAAAUACUCAUAAAGCUCCAGCCUCAGGAAUCUGCUUUUCUCCUGUCAAUGAAUUGUUACUUGUCACCAUAGGCCUGGAUAAAAGAAUGAUUCUCUACGACACUUCGAGUAAGAUGCUACUGAGAACUGUAAUUGCCGAGGCUCCUCUAACUGCGGUAGAUUUUAUGCCUGACGGUGCAACUUUAGCUAUUGGAUCUUCCCGGGGAAAAAUUUAUCAAUAUGAUUUAAGAAUGUUGAACUCGCCCGUGAAAACCAUCACAGCUCACAAAACAUCUGUGCAGUGCAUAGCGUUUCAGUAUUCAAGUUCUGUAUAUAGGCCGAGUUCAAGUAAAGGUUCUUUGAAUAAGCCUACGUCACUAAACAAAAGAACAAAAAUGAAUAGUUCAAUGGGAAUGCAAAAUUCAGGAACUACUAAAGAAAUAACCUCAACUCCAGCUACUUCAGUUGUACCUCAGCUCAUGACAGUGGUUGAAGGAAAAGGAACAGAUGUUCCAGAUAAGACAGGUUUUUCUCGAAGUACAAAUGUGGAUGUAAUCUCUUCUCAAGAUGCAGAAUGUGGAAAAAGUUCUGAUCUGUCCAACUUUGAUGACAGUGGGAGAAAUAGUUUAGGUGACAUGUUUUCACCUGUGAGAGACGAUGCUGCGGUUUACAAGGCAAGCGAAGAUUUUCCAAAUAAAGGAGAUGGUCUGGAUUUUCUACCCCAAUUGAACGCAAUGUUUCCUGCGAGAAAGAAUUCAGGAGGAGCAAAUACAGUAGGCUUCCAUUCUAGCCCGCUUCAUGUCUUCGUGGGCUCGCCAAUCAAGGAAGAAGAAGACCAACAGGAUCUAACAACUGAAACUAAAAAUAUACAUUUAGGAAAACAGGACUCUAGAGAACCUUUAAAACAGCUUGUGAAAUUGAUCUCAUCUGGCUCCGAGUCUGGAAAUCUGAGUACUUCUACGCCAUCUAAUGCUGUCAGAAGCCCCGAGAAAAAGGAAUGGGCCGCGAAGGAACUUCAGGCGCAGUUGAUGUAUGAAUCCCCAAUCAAUGGUACUGCUGCAGCAAAUUCAAAGAUAACUUCGGACACUGCCGGAGUUGCCAGUUCCUUAACAGAAAGAAUAGCAGAUACUUUGGGAAAUAAUAUACCAAAUGCACCACUGUCAUCUGUUCAGAUCCAUUUUAUUCAGAAUAUGAUUCAAGAAACUUUGGAUGAUUUCAGAGAAGCAUGCCAUCGAGACAUCGUGAAUUUGCAAGUGGAGAUGAUUAAACAGUUCCAUAUGCAGUUGAAUGAAAUGCAUUCUUUACUGGAAAGGUAUUCAGUCAAUGAAGGCUUAGUAGCUGAAAUUGAAAGGCUCCGAGAAGAGAACAAAAGACUGCGGACCCAUUUCUGAAAUAUAGAUGGGGAGACGCAUUUUACGGCUCAUUCUUAUGGUUUGUACUUUGGAAGGCAACUAGCAGCACAGAAGCUUUCAGAUGCAGUAUUGUUUCCUUGUUUUUGUGGAGCUUUUAAAAUAAGAGGUAAAUGAGGAAUAUGAAACUAACUGUAGAGUGUUAAUCAAUUUUACAGUGUGCAGUAACUGGCCAUACACAAAAGUGGUUGUAUUUUUUAUGGCAGAAAGAGUAUGAAAAUAUAUCUUUGCCUAUUAGGAAAGCCCACAGAAUGACUGUCAUUCCAGAGCUUAAGGUAUACACUAAGUGCCUUUUUUCAUACAAAAAGGAAAUUGCUCAGAAAAGUAUAUUUUAUGUAGGAAAUUUUAUUCUACCAUAACAGGCUCUAUUUUUGAUUGACAGAUUGCUCUCUAUAUUUUGUCUGCUUGGGGAUAAAAGAGUUUUAGUAUGUCAUAUUUUUCUGAAUAAAUCAUUUUAAUAUGACAUUUUAGAGUUCUAAGCAAUUGACCAAGGAAAUUUAGGGUUGAUUAGUAAUUAGUUUGUUAAUGUGAUAGUCAAGCGUGACUGUUAUUCAUUGCUACAUAUAUCUUGGAAAACUGAGUUUGGAUUUAUGGAAUUAUACAGAUGACAUUCUAAUUUAAUUGUGUUUGUUAUAAAAAAUACUGUACAAUUGGAAAAAAAAUCUCUCUGGUUUUAGUUUAUAUUUUUGCUUCUGAAGAUUACAUUGCUUUAAAAAGCAAAGUAAGUGAGGGACCUUGGAUGUUUCUUUUUUGGUGGUUUUUUUCUUGUUUUUUUUUUUUGGCUGAACUCUAAAUUAUUUGUGAUUAGUGGCAUUAUGAGAUGUGCAUUUAAUGAAUAUUUGAUUUGUAAUCCAAAAAAUUCAUCAUAAACAGUCAUGCUGCACCAUUCAAAUAUUUUCCAUUUUCCCCAAGAUGGAAAUGUUUUAUAUUCCUCUAAUUUUACCAUUUCUAGCUUUCAGUCAUUUUGGUUUUAUAUUGUGAACUUAAUAACUGGCCCUGCAGUUUUAUUCUCACACUAAAAAAAUUUUGGCAUUUAAAUGUCAAAUAAAUGCAAAUAUUUCCAAGAUUAGUAGACAUGCCUCUUCAGUGGUAGAAAGCGAGAACUGGAGACUCUUGCUGAAGUUUGUUACAAUCUGUUGUUCCAAAGAUCGUAAACUGUACAAUUGAUGUGCAGUUUUCUGGUUGACUUUGAAUUCUGACUUGCAAUUGAUAGUUGCUUAAAAUAAUAGGGAAAGCAAAUGUAUUUAGCUCACGAAAUAUAGCUGUACAGAGUAAAGUAGCUGACGUUAAGUGGUUGAACUCUAAGGGACUGUUUUCGUUGUGGACAUAACACUGUGCUGAUGUUUUUUUCAAACUAAAAAGUGGAAAAAGAAGGCCCAGUAGGAUUUAGAAGAUGGCUGUAUAGUGAAGCUUAAAGGGGAGUGCUAAUUGCUGUUUUACCCAGACUAAUUAUUAAAGUAUUACUUCUUGCAACAA